UUGAGCUGCUGUAACGAGGGAAUUUAGUUUAUCUCAUCUUAUCUUAUCUUCUUACAUUUAUUGGCCGACAGGUGGCGCUAUAUUAUUACAUUAAAUGCUGAUACUAACGCUCCCUUUGCAUGCUAUUGCAAAUUUUUUGUCUGAAUUAUUUGUCUAUCCUUUUAUUAAGCUAAAGGGCUGAGUUAGCUCCUUGCAUGAUUUUGUGAUGUCUGAUGAUUAACUUUUUUGGUAAACAAUGCUUAGUGAUUAUUCUGAUACUGAUUAAUUAAAGAUACUUAUUAAUCAAAUAACAUUAAUUGAUUGAAAGCGUGGUUAUUAAUACGAAUUGAUCAAUGCUGAGUGUGCUGUGUAUCUUAAAUAACUAACUAUAAUAAUAAUAAUAAUAAUAAUAAUAUGAUGUUGUUGUUGUAUUUCCGGAAGCAGCGAAGCACCAAACCCUCACGCGCAAAACUAAAGUCCAAACGGCUCGUGCAUUUCCCUUUAAAUAGGGUUGCGCCAUCUGACUGCGUAGGUGAUGUAAACAACCCUAAAGAACUGUUGAUUAUCCAUUGUUUAAGAGUUCCCACCCAACUGUGAUUACGUUAUCAUUUCACAUCACUAGUAGUCGUGUCAGAACGAUUCUUUAAUAUAAAUGCUAUUAAUUUCAUUCGCGUAUCAUUUGUUUUGGUUGGCGUCCUCCCCCGUGCGUGAGCGAAGAAUGGUACGCCCAGCCCCAUCUGUUCUCCUUGUUGUGAAAUCGUGAUUGAAACAGAUUGUAGUAUGUCCACUGGGUCGCGAUGGCAACGGAGCAAGUUUUGCUGUUCAGUUAAAAAAAAAGUCAUAUGGCAAAAGGAAAGAAGAAGAGACGACAGGAGAGGAAGUUCGAUACUUGCGUCAACGAACGACACCUCAUGUGAGAAAUUCUGAAUUCGAAUCUCUUUUACGGAGCGAAAAAAUGUCCCUAGGAUGUACAGCUUCUGUGGAGGAGAUCCAGUCUUGGUGGGAAGUCCCCGCCAUAGCGCACUUCUGCUCGCUCUUCAGGACGGCGUUCAACUUACCAGACUUUGAAAUUGAGGAGCUGGAAGAAGCGCUGCUGAAACAGGACAGGGACUUCCUCUCCGAGCUCGUCUGCUGUCUCCUGCAGGGAUGUUACCAGCGGAACGACAUUACGCCUCAGGCUUUCCGUAGGUACCUGGAGGACAUCAUCAGCUACCGCUGGGAGCUGGAGGAGGGUAAACCAAACCCUCUGAAGGAGAGCUCUUUUGAGGAGCUCCCAGUCCGCACACAGGCGGAGAUCCUGCACAGGCUGUGUGACUACCGCUUAGAUGCUGCUGACGUCUUUGACCUGCUUAAGGGGCUGGAGGCAGACAGCUUGCGUGUCGAGCCUCUUGGUCAGGAUGGACACGGUGCCCUUUACUGGUACUUCUACGGCACUCGCCUGUAUAAAGAGGAGCCUAUCAAGAACAAGUCCCCUGAGCUUGGUGAAAUCUCUGAAAUAAGAGCACCUGAGAAAAAAAGGAGGGGAAGACCCCCGAAAAAGAAGCAUGAAGAUUCAUCACCAGUUGAGAUUGAAUCUAUGCAAGAUGAAGAGAACAGAGAGGAGGAGCCGCAGCUGAGUAAAGAGCGCAAGCGUGGAACCUGGUCUCUGGUGUGUGAAAAUGAGGAGCAGUGGACCAGGCUGGCUGAGAGCAUUAAGGACAAAACCUCACCUCAGGACCGGCACCUGUUUCGCAUCAUUACCCAGAACUUCCUGCCUGAGAUCAGCAGCAUGAUCGAGCACAAGGAGAAAGAGCAGUUGCAGAAACUGUUGAAUCCUCCUGUCCGAAACUCUUUGAGGCUUUUUGACAAGCACGUCGUAAACAAGGAGGAGGCUGUCUCUGAGGUGGAUCUGAAACAGAGAGAGGAGGACUUGGAAAGGCAGGUUUUACUUGCCGAGCAGCGGCGAGAAGAAGAACGACUCCUCCAAGAGGAGCGAGUGAGGGAGGAACUGGAGCGGGCAAAAGCAGCUGAAGAACGAUCUCGGAGAAGAAAGCAGCGUGAGGAGAGGGCGUGGCUGCUGUCUCAGGGGAAGGACUUGCCGGUUGAGCUGCUCCACCUGGAACCCCACUCGCCUGUCCGCCGCACUCGCCGCACCAAUGAGCUCUACGAUAUCGAUGAUGACUAUGCUGCUCUCUACAAAGUGCUGGAGGCUCUCAAGGCUCACAAAGACGCUUGGCCCUUCAUGGAGCCUGUGGAUGAAUCCUAUGCCCCUAACUAUCAUGAGAUUAUUCAGACUCCAAUGGAUCUUUCGACCAUUGAGAGAAAGCUAAACGAAGGGGAGUAUGUUGCCAAGGAUGAGUUCAUAAGCGAUGUGAAGCUCAUGUUUGAGAACUGCCUGGAGUACAACGGCGAGGAGAGCGAGUACACGAUAAUGGCAGAGUCCCUGGAGCGCUGUUUCAGCAGGGCUCUGCUGAAACACUUCCCCUCUGAGGACGGAGACACCGACGAGGAGUUCCACUUGAGCAAGGAGGACCGCGAUCGCGAGCGCAAGGACAAGAAGAAGAGUAAGAGCAGUCGGCACUCGGGGCCCGAGAGCCUGAUCCGGGCUACGGAACAAGUGCAGAAACGCAAAGCAUCCAGCGGUGGUAAAGGAGGCAACCAGCCCCAGGAGAAUGGCUCCAAAUAUGCUUCUGGACCACUUGGUUUCCAGUUCAGCAACGGGCAGCUACAUCCUCACAACAUGAACACAGGACAACCUCGCUCUGGGAAUGAUCCACAGCACGGCAUGUAUCAUCCUUCACAACAGCUUCAGCGUCACCCAGGUCCCUUGGGACCAGGAAUGUAUGGCCAAGGUAUGAUGAUGGACACCCGAUAUCCAUACCCAGGACAGAGACCUCUCAUGGCUAGGGGUCCAGGAGAGCAUGGCCCCCAACACAUACCUCGUUACUCUAUGCAGGGUCCACCUACCAACGGUCCACACUUUGGUCCGAGAUACCCAAUGGGGCCUGAUUCUCGUCACAUUCAGCCUCAACACCAACAGCAUUCCUACACUGGCCCCACUCAUGGCCCCUCACUUGGCCCAAGACCCGUUGCCCUUCAGUCUGGAGGACUGUGUACCACUCCAUCUGAGGGCGACAUGUACCGACCUCACCAUCACCCCAAUGGGCAACCAAUGCACCCUAUGGGAAAUGGCUACCCUAGACCCCUGCACAACUCCUUCGUUCCUUAUGGUUCUUGGCCAGGCUCGAACCAGCAGCAGUCUAGACGACCAAUGAUGCAGGAGCAGGCUAUGGGUGGUCAGCACCCAUACGGUCAUGGCAUGAUGCGUCCCCCACACAGUGCUGGAUAUCCCCCUUCUAAUGGCCAGUACAGGAUGUCAGCAGUUAACUCCCAGGGACCCAUAGCCCACAGACCUCCCUUGGCCCCUCAAGAGCCCAGGCCACAUGUGGGAUCAAUGAUGGACAGCCCGGAGAUGAUUGCCCUGCAGCAGCUGUCAGCAUCGUCCGCUCGUCUCGGCGUCGGAGGUUACCAGCCGCCUCCAGUGAGGAAUGCUAAUACCAUAGCAGCUCCUGAAAGCCAGAACUCCGUGUCUGUGGGAGAUGGUCAGGGUGCUGAUAGAGUCUCCAUAGGUAUAGCUGUAGAACUGGCAAAUAAACAACAGCGUGAGGAGUCCAAUUGCUCACCUCAUCCUGGUCCGGCUAACGUUCCUGAACAGCCCAGUGGUACACAGCAGAGCCCUGCCACAGUGUGGGGUGGCUCACCACAGAAAACAUCAGCAGAGCUUGCACCAACCUUACUAUCCACACCAAAAAAAGACAGACCGCAGCUGCAAGGAGAGAGCACUGGCGAAGGCAGUCCACCCAUGCCCCAAAACAGUCCUGUCUCUCAGAAGGAACCCCAGCCUGAAACCCAGUCACAGAAAUGUCAGGAUUCCUCUACACAUCCUUCUAAUAAUGAUCCUGUGAAGAUCACUCAGAAAACCUCAGAUCUGUCUGAACAAAUGUCUUCCACUAUUCCUCCAGAGUGCUUCCAAAAUGGCCCACAGGAUAUUCCCAAACGAAUGUUGCAGAGUCCUCCUCAGCAGGUUCUUCCAGGUUUAUCUCCUCAGUACCCUAACAGCAGGCCAAUACACAUGUCUUCCAAUGCUCCUCACCAGCAGAUGCCCCAGAACGGAUCGGUCCGAGGUCAACAGCCUGGGGCUGUUCAUGGAAUGCCGCAGUCUGUUCCUCAGGGGUUACAACCUGGUGCUCAACACCCUGCCACUUUUACCUCACUGCCCCCCAGCCACCCUGUUUCCCAACCACUUGCUCAGCCCUCCCCGGCUGAACGUGGUGACCAGAGACCUAGUGAGCCUACCCGGGAACCUGAUGGAAGCUCUGGUGGUCCCAAUCCUGAUAUGAAGAAUGCCCCUGCCAAUGCCAACGGGCACUACAAACAGCAGCCAUUUAGCCCAGAGUCACAAACCCAUUUAAACAGGCCAGAACAGGCACCACCACACAGUCAGGCACCACCAAAUCACCCACAUGGUCCAGAGAGCAACACUAUGGCUCAGUAUGGCAUGGCCAAUCCACAUUACAGCAAAUACAUCGGCAGACCAGUGACGACCCCAUCUGGUCGUCUGCCUUACCCAAGCCAAGCACCACAGUCUCAGUCUAUGAGCCCUCAUCACAAUCCUCCCCAUUACUCUCCAUAUCAGCAAGGUGCAGUGUAUCAGUACCACAUGGGUCCACAGCAUCCUCAGGCUCAUCCCAGCAUGCACGCUUCAUACCAGCAGCAACAGCAGUACUAUCCCCAGCAGAACAGCAGGCCUGGUUUCCCAGCAAGAGAAUGGCCUAGACCUCAGUACCAGCCUCAUCCCCCCAUGAUGCCCAACGCUUACCUAUCUCCUGCAGGUGCUGGCAUCAGUGGUCGGCAGAAGGAAAAAACCAUGUCUCCUCUGGGUUCAGAUAGUUCUGGUGGGAAUGUUAUGUCUCCGAAUCUUCUUCCUGAUGGAUCCCAGGGUAGCUUCAGUGAGAAUCGGGAGGGUGCCACCCCGGCAAAACGGGCACGGACUGAGGACAGCUCGGAUCUGCCUGAAAGCCCGAAAGAGAUACUGGAUCUAGACAGCCACAACGCUGCAGCCCACCGCCGAACCUCUGCUCAGCCUCAACACAACUACCCCUACGAUCCACGGACCAUGCAUCCCAGCAUGCAGCAUGGUGGUGCUCCCUCACCUCACGGUAUGCCAGGGGGACCGUACUCCAGGUCUCAGCACCCAAGUGGACAUUUCGGCCCUCACAAUCCUCACCCGCACUUGAUGGAAGCGCUGCAGCGGCCCCAGCACCUUCCCUACACCCCGGGACAGACUAUGUACAGGCACCCACAUGCUGCAGGUCACUUUCAAGGCAUGAUGUUGCCUCAGAGAAGCAUGGUACCUGAACACUUAUUUCAUCCACGGCAACACCUGAUGAGUGCAGCAGCUCCCAGUGGUCCUAGCAGUAAGCAGGGAGUGUGAAAGGUGAAGGACAAAUCAAACAGGGAAGGCUGAGCAGGGACCUGCACCAUUUCCUCAACUGAAAAAUCAGUUUUCCGAUGCUGGCCUACAGAUGUGUUUGCGAAAAGAUGCGCACUGUUUUUUGCCUCGUAUUUGUGCCGUGGAAUAUACACGCUCCCUAGGUUUGAGAGCUUCUGCACUUUGGAGGCGAGUACUGACCCUCUGACCCUGGUGGGAAAUACAGCCUCACAGGAUCCUCUGCAUGCACAACUAAAAAUAAAGACAUCAGGGGGGUUGUGGAUGAACUGUGUUCCUUUCCUAAAUUAAACUCAGGUGUUGAAAAGAAGGUAACCAUGGACACACUGGAAAUUGUUGCCUUUUGCAUCGUCCUUGAAUGAAUGUCGUGUAUGUAUAUGUACAUAUGUACACUAGUAUAGACUACAGGAAGAUGAGUGGAUCAGCUGACUGUUGUGCUCUGCACUUUUCACUCAUUCAGACUUUUCACUUAGUCCUGCAAUGUUACCUGGCAUUCACACUAGCAAGCCACAAAGAAACAGGCGAUCAUUCAUUCAUUCAUUCAUUUAUUCAUUUAAUUUGUACGUGCGCUACUAUUUUAGCGAUGGAGGCGACCGUGAAAACAAAAUAAAUCGUAAAACGACAAAUCAAAACGAUUCAGCCCAAACGAUUUCUCGGACCGCGACGUUUCUUCCACGCUUGAGACUUUUAGUUCUUACAUGCAGUUUGUUUGACGCACAAAAAUGAAAGAAAAACCUAUAGCCGUGAUUUCAUCGUAUCCUAUCACGGAUGAUAUUUUGUAAAUGUGUGUAAAGACAUUACGAAGGAAAAUAAAUCUCAGAAGGAUGUAGCAGAGCUCGUCGGUUCCCCUCGUGAGUAUACGUAGUACAGUACAGUUAGUGAAGCUCGUACGAACCUGAGCACCUAACAUGUAAUUCAAACUUUAAACUCAUUUUGCUAGACAGUUCACACCCACAAACGACAACAGUAUCCACACCCACAGGAGAGAAACUUCAAACGGCGUGUGAACGGAGGGUUACGCAUCCUCUUACGCUGCCCUGCCUCGUAGAAUGUGUUUGGACUCGGGGUGCUCCACCGCUCCUCUUUUAUGCACUAGAGAUAGUCUUUAUUACUGGAAUUAGUGGCCUUGGACUUAGACGUGUGCUACUGCGUGUAUAUAACGCAACUCAGUGAGAUAUUCCCGCGCGUGCUAGUUUAUAUAUUCACACAGUGAACACUUCUUCUCUCACUUCUUCUCUUUUCUUCAUGUAUAUAUCAUUCUGAGUUCUCGCCGAUUCUGAUUUCGAGCUGCUCGUGUUGGAAAGAGCAUCGACCUUUACAACCGGGAAAGUAGUUCAUGCGAGACAAUUCUUAGUUCGUUCGAAUCUGAAAAUGUUUUUAAUAUUUCGGUGCUUCCUCUUUCACGCUGUUCGUCCUCAGGGUGUCGUGCUUUUAAUACGGGUAUAAGCGAAUGACUCUUUCAAAGGGGAAGUGACAAACUGGGACUACGACUGGAGCUGUGAUGAUUACUCGACCUCAGUUGAUGUGGAGUCGACAGUGAUUUUUUAAUUUUAUUUUUUUAAAAACAUGAUUUAUAUGAUCUUGACUUUAUUAAAUGUAUUUUCUUUUGCAGCUUUUUGUGUGGGUAAGAAACAAAAAGAACCUGAAAGCUGUGGUGAUUUGUUUUUAUGAAUUUAUUUUUUAUUAUUUCCAGAGCAGAUUGGAAGGAUAAGUUGGCAUUUUUUUUGCCAAGAUUUUUUGCUAGAUUUUAUGGAUUCCAUUUGUGUAUGACAAUGACCUGUGUGCAUGUGUAUAUGUAUGUGUUAAUUACUCAGUCCCACUUUUGAUUAAUUUAGCUGUAGCAUUUAAAAUUGACGACCAGAUCUUUGCCGAUAUCCACAUAUCUAUCUACCUCAUGAAGCUGGAGUCUGGCGAGCCACACACACACACACACACACAAUGUUUCUCAUGAUUGCAUUGUCAACACUGUGCGUGCACACACACACACACACACACACUAUUUCUCACUCUUCCAUUUAUACACUGAAAUAUCUUCCGAAUGAUAAACCUGUGACUAAAUCAGCCUUAACUUUUUUUUUUAACCAGACAAAAUCUAACUGCAUCAGGAGACCACACCAAGUUGUAACAUUAUUUUGAGUCUUUCCGCAGCAAAUCUUGGUACAGUUUAAAAAAAAAAAAAAAAAGAGUAAACAAGUCGUUUCUUGUUACAUAUCGAUCGCUGCAAGAGUUUAGUCAUCACAGAACUUCACAGGAAAAAAAAAAGUAUGACCGAUUUGAGUCCUACAAAAGGCUUAUAUUAGCUAAAACCAGCUGUAAAGGUGUUUAUGAUCAGCUGCACACUUUAGAGCCCUUUUGGCAUGAAGUGUCUGCCAGCUAUCUUUCAUUCCUAAAUAUUGUCAGUAGGCACAUGUGAAUAAAAAAAAUAGGAGCAGAAGAACUCACUAGCUACAGGCUGACCUAAAGUCGACCUUGCUUUUUAUUAAAAAAUAAAAUAGAUAGAAUAUAUUUUAGCAGUAGAUGACGUGCUCUGCGACGUCUGUUCUCUGAUAGUAGGACAAGAUCGUUUUUAUGGACUACGAGGAUGUGAAUUAUUUUUCUCUGUACAGAUUUUUUUUUUUUUACUUGCGAGUUAGAGACUGCUCCACAUCUACUGAUUCCUCAGCAUCUCUGCUGUUUGUAUUUCUGUCUACAAUAGUGAAAUGACUAGAUUUGGUUAAAUAUAAAUCGUAUUUAUUUGCUCUUUUACAUUUUGUACAUUUGUUUUGGACUUGGUUUUAUAAAAUGUCGUCUUUUUUUACCCCCCUUUGGCUGUUUUAUUUUUUAAACAUUUGUCAAUACCUCAGUAGCACAACGACAUCAGAACGAUUUUUCUUUGUUUUUAUUUUGACGUGAAGUUUACAGGUUCUUAUUUUUGGAAAUGGACCGAAGUGUUUUCUAUACUCCUGUACAUUUCUUAGAAUAAAAUAAUAAUAAUUAAAAAAAAA